AUGGCAACAGGGGACUGCUACGGUUUGACACCAUCUCUGUUUCCUCGCAAGGCAUAUGGAUUUGAUCGGGGAAUGAAAGGCUAUGAGCUACCCAAGAAGCUAUCAAAGAGUCCCAAGGAAGAACAGGGGAUGGCAUUAGGUGGGAGAUUUGGUUAUACCAGCAAGUUAAUUUUGUUGAUGGAGCUCCGAAAGAAGAUAAUGACCUUUCGGGACAUCCUUGAUCUUCCUCCUUGCGAUGGCUCAGCAUCCAUUAAUGAGCUGGUGAUGGGCACAAUUCAAGAUCUCCAAAAGCUUUACCCUGAAAUUAUGCCAUGUAAUCGACUGUCAGAAAUAAAGGGGGCAUCUAUUGAUCAGGGUCUAACUUACUUCCUCGGGGCUUUGAAGUCUAUUGGAGAUUCAAGGAUGAUGGAACUUGAUUGGAUGGACAAAUUUAAUUACAAUUUUCCAUCAUAUGAAGAGAACAUCAAUCCAGAGGAACUUGUUGAGGUUGUCUUGGAAGCACUCAAUUGCAUGAAUAAGAUGGCACAAGAAAAGUUCGAUAUGAUGGAUGAAGAUGAUGACAUGAAAAAGGACAAUAGUAACACAUUUGAUAAAAUGUUACUGGAUUCCUAUUCAGACAGCAACAGCUCCGGCUGUCCUUCUCCAGCUUCUCCAGCUUCUCCAAUCACUCCGACCUCAGUACUUGCAGGAUCAUCCACUGCUUAUACGAAAUUUGGAGAGAAAGCAAAUAUUUCCUAUCGCCCACCUAUUCUCUUGUCUCUCAGAGUUCGAGCUGUGGGAAAACUCAACCAAGUUGAUGCAAAGCGCCUCUCAUUCAACACAUUGUCAAGUGUAGUUGGCUUUGAUUCCAGCUCUUUGAAUGUAAACAAAAAGGUCGAGGAACCCAUUACAGGGAUUGAAGAACAGAGCAAUUUUGGAUUGACAACUGCAAAUCAUGAAAACAGAGAUAGCAGCUGCAUGUCGGAUUUGAAGGAUACUAUAGAAAAGGGAAUUGUGAGCAGACUGCAUCCUCCUCCUCCUCCACCACCACCACCACCCAUGGCAUCACAAACAAUAAAAGUAGCUCCACCGCCUCCGCCUCCGCCGCCCAUGAUGCCUUUUAAAGGAGUAGCACCGCCACCGCCACCUCCGCCGCCAAUGAUGCCUUCUAAAGGAGUAGCACCGCCGCCGCCCAUGAUGCCUCUGAAAGGAACAGUGUCACCACCAUCAAAUGGAGCUGCACUUCCACCACCUCCUCCACUUGGUGGAGCAAAAUCCUUGCGCCCCAAAAAAGCAACUACUAAAUUGAAGAGGUCAUCCCAAAUGGGUAAUUUGUACCGCGUUCUUAGGGGGAAAGUGGAAGGAUCUAAUCUUGACGGUAAAUCAUCUAACGGGAGAAAGAGUGCGGUUGGUUCCUGCAGUCCUGGUGGAAAACAAGGUCUGGCUGAUGCUCUAGCAGAGAUGACAAAAAGAUCAGCAUACUUCCAACAAAUUGAAGAAGAUGUUCAAAAGUAUGCAAAGUCAAUAACGGAGCUGAAGCUUGCUAUUAGUACUUUCCAAACAAAGGACAUGGCCGAGCUGAUCAAAUUCCACAAAUUCGUGGAAUCCAUUCUUGAGCACUUAACUGAUGAAUCACAGGUGUUAGCAAGGUUCGAAGGCUUCCCUGUAAAGAAGCUGGAAACAUUAAGGACAGCAGCUGCACUCUACUCAAAGUUGGAUGCCAUGGCCACUGAACUGCAUAGUUUGAAGAUCGUAUCUCCCAUGGGGCAGCUGCUUGACAAAGUUGAACGUUACUUCACUAAGAUCAAAGGAGAAGUGGACGCAAUGGAACGAACCAAAGAUGAAGAGUCCAAGAAAUUUCAGAGUCACAAUAUCGAUUUCGACUUCCAUAUCCUUAUAAGAAUCAAAGAAGCAAUGGUAGAUGUUUCCUCAAGCUGCAUGGAGUUGGCUCUACAGGUAGCCUCAGAGAAGAAAGAACCAGGGCCAAAAAGUGACUCACGAACAAAGGGAUGUGCCAAAUUGCUGUGGAAGGCUUUCCAAUUUGCAUUUCGGGUCUAUAGUUUUGCUGGUGGACAUGAUGAUCGAGCUGACAAGCUGACAAGAGAAUUGGCUCAUGAAAUAGAGAAUGAUCCUUACCACCAGUGACACAGAUUCUCUACUUUCACCCC